GUAGUGGAAUACUUCUGAACUCUGACUGUUCAUAUUCGUUGGAAAGUCGCUUCGUUCCCGCCAUUACGUGCUUUUUCUGCCGUGUAGUAACUUGAUUACCGGAGGAGGGCACGAUGACGGACACUCAAUACUCAAAUUAUCAACAACAGGGGUACAAUCAGUACAGUCAGCCACCACCUUCUGGUGGUCAGGAUACUUCGUAUCCACCACCUUCUAGCGGUGGUGGUGGUGGCUACAAUCAAUAUAGUCAACCACCACCAAAUAGUGGCAGCAAUUAUGGCAGUUACAACAGUUACAAUUCCAGCGGUGGUCCAGACUACAAUCAAUCACAAGGUCAAAAUAGUUACAACCAAAAUAGUUAUGGCAGUGGAGGCGGUUCUGGAAAUAGUGGCAGUAGCAAUUAUGGUGGAAAUUAUGGGCAUGGAGGUGGAGGAAGUGGCUAUCGUAAUAAUUCUGGUGGAGGUUAUGGUGGAGGUCAAGGAGGAGGUGGUAGCAGUAGAUAUGGAGAUCGUGGGGGAUACAAUGACCGCUCUGGCGGUAGUUACAACAGUGGCGGUGGCCGUGGUGGUUAUAACAAAGGGGGCUAUGGUGACCGUGGUGGUGGCAACGAUGGAAUGGUUACACAAGAAGAUACUAUUUUUGUAUCUGGUAUGGAUCCUUCAAUUUCAGAAGAAGAAAUUUGUCAACAUUUUGGAGCUAUAGGUAUAAUCAAACAUGAUAAGCGAACAGGAAAACCUAAAGUAUGGAUGUAUAAAGAUAAAAACACUGGUAAAUCAAAGGGCGAAGCAACUGUAACUUAUGAUGAUCAAAAUGCUGCACGUUCUGCAAUAGAUUGGUUUGAUGGGAAAGAAUUUAAAGGCAAGAAAAUAAGAGUACAAAUUGCCCAACACAAAAGCAAUUGGCAGGGUAAUCGAAGUGGUGGAAGUCGUGGUGGUGGUGGCCGAGGUCGUGGAAGUGGUGGUUUUGGAAGCCGUGGAGGUGGCGGUGACAGAGAUGAUCAUCAUCGUGGUGGUGGUGACGAUCGUCGCGAUGGAGGUGGUCGAGGAGGAGAUUGGAGAUGUCCCAAUCCAGAAUGUGGUAAUACAAAUUUUGCUUGGAGGGAUCAAUGUAAUCUUUGUAAAAGUCUAAAACCAGAAGGUGCUGGUGGCAGUGGUAGUGGAAGAGGCAAUCGUGGUGGCGAUCGGGGUGGCCGAGGAGGUUUCAGAAGUGAUAGAGGUGGACGGGGUGGUGAUAGAGGUGGUCGAGGAGGUUUCCGUGGUGGAGAUAGGGGAGGAAGAGGUGGUCGAGGUGGUCCGAUGAGAGGUGGUGGAGGCCGAGGAGAUAGAGACAGGGAUCGUCAGCGGCCGUAUUAGGCACAAUUUAAAAAGUGAUUAAAUCACUUAUUGAUGUAUUGUACACAGUUUGUACACAAUUUCAACGUAUGUAAAUUUUUCAUGACCAUGUGUUAAACUCACUAUCAUCGAUUUGUUUUCUCAUAAUUUUUUAUAUUCACGAAAAUCGAUGCGUAACAUGUAAUUUUUGUUUUAUAUGCACAUGUAAAUGAUAAUCAUAUGUGUAAAGUUACAUUUUAAUAAAUAAGACUUCAAUCCUGUAACAUCAAA